AUGUUAUACUCUGGACAUGUUUGCAGGGUGUAUGUGGUGCGAAUCAAAUGCGAGAAACACGCGGACACGCAGAACAAGUUACUGAGCAUUGUUAAUGGUCUCUUCCCCAAGGGCUCUAAGUCAGUGCUGCCCAAGAAUGUCUCCAGCACAGUGUUUGUCAAGAUCAUUCACUUCAUUGCACAGGAAAAACUUGACUUCGCCAUGACAGAGAUAAUUUUUGAUUUGUUGGGUGUGAAUCGCUUGCAGAAACUGCGCAUGAAUAUUGGUCUUCGUGCCUUUCUUUUGAUCGCACAUGGCCUGCAACAAAAAGACGGCGAGCCGCCAAUGCCACAAAAUCAAUCUCUUGCUGUUUGUGGGGUGGGUGGUGUUAAUGCGUACCCAUCGGUGCAUUCUCGGGGUCCUGGCAAUGUGCGUCGAUCCUUCCAUGGAACCACACUGGACGACGCGCUGUGCGAACGUCUCGGUAUUCGACCCUACCUCGUACCGGUGCGCAAAGCUUUUGAGGCUAUUCUGCGGCUGUUGGACACCUUUCAGUUCGAUAUGAAAGAAAUGAGGCGACAGCGCCAUUUCUCUCCCUUUCGCAGUGGUGAUCGUAAGCCGAAGAUAGACCUGCUGAAGACCUGUGUAAACUGCAUUCCACGUCUACUACCGUACGAGAUGUCGCGUACCGAAUUAAUCGAACUGUUAGCAAGAGUCUCACUCAAUGUAGAUGAGGAGAUUCGUAUGAUGGCGCAGCAGACCAUGGUCAAUCUCAUCAUCGAGUCUCCAGCCUACCGACAACCGUUCAUUCAAUUUAUACAGAAGUACGUUCCGGACACUGCACCUCACCAAUUGGACAGUUGUCUCAAGACCCUCCACACACUUCUGGUCAAUUGGAAGAUCGCCCUCCAAAGAGUAUGUGUAUCAAAUUCCUUUUCCACAUCGACUUCCACUAUAAAAAUUAUUUGGUAA